AUGGAGGUUGAAAAGGAGGAGCGUCCAAAUAUUAGGAUAGAAAUUCAAAAUGAAAAAAUGGAAGUUGAACAAUCCGAAAAUGAAGAUGGUGAAAUCAUAGACGAAGAACCAAUUCAAGUUCAGCCAAAUUCAAGAACAGUUUUUACAACAGGAAUAAAUAUUUUUGACCAUGAAGAACAAAAGAAAUUACAAGAAAGGGCAAAAAGAUUUGCCUUAAAGCCAGAAGAGACUUACAGUUUUACUGAUGCUGAUCUGGAAGAAUUAAGAGAAAGUUUGGGAAUUAUAGAAGAAAAUGAAAAUCUGGUCCGUUUAGAUACAGUCCAUCUGUUAGGAACAAAAGAUAUGUUAAUUGAGGAUAUUUUGGAUUAUUUUGCCAAAUACGCCCCAAUAGAAGUAGAAUUUGUAGAUGAGCAAAGUGUUAAUAUAAAAUGGUUAGAUAAUGUCACUGCAGCCAGGGCUAUGUUUUAUUCAUCUAAAGCUGUAAAAGAUAUGCCUGUCAGGGAACAAGUUUUGGUAAAAGAUUUUUUGGAUACAGACCAACUUGAAGAAAAAGGUCAAAGUAUUUUACUGAAAAAUAGACAGGUUGAAUUUCAGGUAGAGGAUGUUAUAAAACAGUCGAAGAAGAUGUUGAAAAAUGCUGUAGAUAUUGAUCAGAUAACAAUACCUAUACCUCCAGGUUACUGGAGAUUAGGGGAUAAACAUCCAAAAGCCAAGUGUCUGCUACUCAGAUUUGCUUUUAAGACUGACAAAAAGCCCUUUCAGGUUGAAAGUUUGUCAAAAUAUUAUAAAAAACUUGGUAAUAUUAAAGUACAAAAUGAGAAACAAAAAGAAUAUGGAAUAUUUGAAAGAAACAAAGAUUUACCCAGAGGCAAAAAUCCUUGGGGUAACCUAGCUAAAAAUUGGGAUCAAGAUGUUAAAUUUAGGGAAGCUGCUCCUACUUCAGGUGAAACUGUCGAAAUUAAAAAUCCAAACUUGGCAACUCGUUUAGGCGUUAAAGCCCCAUCAGAGUCUGAAAAUGAGGUGGAAAUUGUCGAAGAAAAAACAACAGUUAAAAAACCUAAAGGAAGGACAAUGAGAAUGAGGAUGUAUGCAGAUGAAGAGGAGGAGCGGUUAAAGAUGAAAAAAGCAAUUCAAAAAUUAAAAACAUCAGCAGAAAAAUUAAUAAAGGAACCUAAAGAUCUAAGAACGAUUUUAAGUUUAAAUAAUAAUGUCCCAGAACCACCUAUUGAAAUUAAUGAUUUAGAAGAUCUGGGAAGCAAACUUAAAAAUAGGUCUAGACAAAUGGUGUUUUCAUUGGAGAGAGAUAUAAGCGAUAUUAAUCAACAGAGAGAGAGGAAGGAAAAUAUAAAAUCUGACAUUAGAGUUAUGUUGAAUAGGAGAAGAGGAGCAAGAUCACCUCAUGGAGCUAGACAUAUUGAGGAAAGGCCACACAGAUAUAGAGACAGAAGUCCUAUAAGAAGAUACUUGUCACCAGUGCGCAGAAGAUCCCCAUUACGCAGACGUCGUACCCCAGAAAGAACGGUCCGCUAUCGACGUUAUUCUAAAUACAGAGGUCAAUCAGAUCAUUCAGAAGAAGAAACCUUAUUUAAAGGAGCUAAACCUAGAAGUAAAGUAGCAGUAGUAAUAAAGAAGCAAAAAAAGCCUGUGGUAGCCUCAACGAUUUGGUCUAAAGUACAAGAAAAUGAAAGUGAAGAAAGCUCAAGUGAUAGUGAAGAAGACAGUUCAAAAUCAGACGAAUCAGAGAGCAGCAGUUCUAGCGACAGUUCUGAAGAGACGGGGUCAGAAAGCGGAUCUUCAGAGUCAUCUGAAGAAAAAACCAGCCAUAUACAUAGACCCGGUUUCGGAAACUACAAUUCUAGAAUAGAUCAGAGGAAUCAUCUUAAAAUAACUAUGUCUAACGAUCGCUAUAAUAGGAGAUAA